AGGGAAGGUAGAGAUGCUGGCUGGGGGAUCAGAGCUCAGCUGAGCUGGGACUCAGAAAUAUGAGUUGUCACAGGCCCAGCAUGGGGGAAGGCAGCCAUAGGGCUAGACUGUGGGGACCAGGUCUGGGUGAAACAGCAUGGCCAUAAGACACGGAGGACUUACCAUUCACCUCUGUUUUUGAGGAUGUUAUUGUGAAGGCCCUCGCCUACUAGAAGCAGAUAGGGGGUUCCUAAGGUUGAGACGAGUGUCAAAGUCUAAUAGCCUCAGGCUCCCAUAUCUAAUAAGGGCAAUGUCCCCCAUCAGCUGAGAUAUCUCAAGCUUCCCACGCCAGCCCUGCAUGAUCCAUUAUAGGCCAAUCAGGAGUCUCAGUGUCUGACCCAAUCAUCAAGGAAGGAGGAGAAGAUUGAAAAAGCUGAGGCUCCAAGGAGCUGGCUGUGAGAGCUGGAAGUACCUGGGCACAGCAAGCUAGGCAAGGUUCAGAGGAGCUGCCCAGGAGGGAGUGUCUUAGUCACUGCUCUAUUGCUGUGAGGAGACACCAUGACCACAGCAACUCUUACAAAAGAAAGCAUUUAACUGGGGGCUUGCUUACAGUUUCAGAGGCUAAUCAAUUACCAUCAUGGUAGGGAGUUAGGUGACAUACAGGCAGACAUGGUGCUGGAGAAGUAGCUGAGAAGUCUAUAUACAGAAGGAGAUACGGGGCUUGGCAUGGGUUUUUGAAACCUCAAAGCUCACCCCCAAGGACACACUUGCUUCAACAAGGCCACGCCUCCUAAUCCUAAUCCUUUCAAAUAGUGCCACUCCCUGGUGACUAAGCAUUCAAACCUAUGAGCCUAUGGGGGCCAUUCUUACUCAAGCCGCCACAGGAGGUCCAUGGCUUGGCAGGAGGCGGAGUUGGGCUUGUACAGCCUGAGGUACAUGGGCUGAAGAGGGUGAAUGCCCACUACUUGGAGCACUUGCACCUGUACUUCCGCCAUCUGCUAAGCAGACUGUCAGACCAGUUCAUCCAGCUCCCCUGGCUUAGUUCUGGGGAGUGCCUUAGUGAGGUUGGGUGGGGAGUGGGGAUUUAGGGCAGAGGCUGGGUCAGCUCUGAGGAGCAUGAACCUGGAAAGGGAUGCAACUGGGCACACGGUUUACAUACACACUGCCUAGGCAGCCGAGGGUGGAGGACAUAUAAGGCAUGAGACAUACCACUCAGAACUGGCAAGGGUACACAAUGACCCAAUCAACAGACAGUGGGCACUUGUAAACGUACUUAGGAGGUUCACCUGCCCUCACCUCAUUUGCUCCACACCCCGAGUAUCUCAAAUUCAGAGAUGUUGACAGCAUCUGACUACACCCAUUCCUAGGAUGUCUAGCAGGGUCAGGGGCUAAUCCAGGCCCCUGACGCUGCUAGAGCCUCCUCACGAUGAUCUAAAACUUCCCUGGUCCCCUCCCCCAGAUAAAAGGGACAGGCAGUUGGGUUAGAGACCUUCCCUUCUCUGUAGUCCACUGUCUCCAUGGGCACUGGUGGCCAGAGCCAGUCUUGACAUUCCACUUGACUCCAACAGCCUGGGCAGCAACCCUUCACAAGCCCAUGUUAAAAUACCUCUGUGACUCCCCAGCCAACCACUGGCACAUGCUCAGACACGUAUGCACUUAUAUGCCCACGCCACCACGCCUGUCUGUAGGCUCGCCUGUGGGCCCGCCCAGGGCCUGAUUCUAGGUCAGGUCUGAGCACAGCUUCACUGGAAGAGUGGUGACAGGUGCCGCUGGUAGGGACACCAUGGCUGGGGGUGUGUGGGGUCGGGGCAGGGAUGGCCCUGUGGGGUCCCUAACUCUGACAGCUCUAGCUGAAGGAAUCCGGGCUAACCAGGGGCAGCCUGUGGGACCCUCUUCUACAGGCCCUCAGGCUGACCCCCUGGAGGUUAGACCUGAGGCUGAGACCUACACUCACACACUUACCCCGGCCUUUGAGGCCCAGCCUGGGAACGAGGUGAUUGCCCCCACAGCCGGCAGUGAGAACUGUUCCCCACAGGAUGCCCAGGAACCAGCCCCUGAGAGACCCUACCAGGCCUCCCAGUAUUCCUGGGAGGAAGGAGCCCUUGCAGACCUUGCAUUGUGUACAGCUGCCUGUCUGGAGGAGGCUGGCUAUGCUGGGACCCAGGCAACAGCGCUCACUCUGUCCUCAGCCCUGGAAGCCCAGGGACAACGGCUGNUUACCCAGGUUCACGGUCUGGUGCGUGGGCUGCUGGCACAGGUACCUAGCCUGGCAGAGGGGAGACCCCGGCGGGCAGCCCUACGGGUGCUGAGCGCACUGGCUCUGGAGCAUGCGCAGGAUGUGGUGUGUGCGCUGCUACCCAGUUCACUACCCCCGGACCGGGUGGCAGCUGAGCUGUGGCGAAGCCUAAGCCGGAACCAGCGCGUAAAUGGGCAGGUGCUGGUGCAACUGCUGUGGGCACUGAAGAGCGCAGCGGGUCCUGAGCCUGAAGCACUGGCAGCCACACGUGCUCUUGGGGAGAUGUUGGCAGUCUCAGGCUGCGUGGGAGCCACUCGAGGCUUCUACCCUCACCUGCUGUUAGCACUGGUCACACAGCUGCAUGAGCUGGCUCAAGGUGUUCACUUGCCUGACAGCCCUAAGGUUUGGGAGCCUUUUCACCCAGGGCCACCUCACAGUCAUGCCAGCUGCACAGUGGAGGCCUUGAAGGCUCUGCUCACAGGGGAUGGUGGCCGAAUGGUGGUCACAGUUAUGGAGCAAGUAGGAGGCUGGAGGAGACUGGUAGGAGCCCACACGCAUCUGGAGGGUGUCCUGCUGCUGGCCAGUGCCAUGGUGGCGCAUGCUGAUCACCAUCUGCGAGGGCUUUUUGCAGACUUGCUUCCUCGGCUACGCAGUGCCAAUGACCUGCAGCGCCUCACAGCUAUGGCCUUCUUUACUGGGCUGUUGCAGAGCCGGCCCACUGCAAGGCUCUUACGGGAGGAAGUCAUCCUGGAGCGACUUCGAACUUGGCAGGGUGACCCAGAGCCCACCGUGCGCUGGCUAGGCCUACUUGGUCUUGGCCAUCUUGCAAUGAAUCAUGGGAAGAUAAGGCAUGUGAACACGCUGCUGCCGGUACUCCUAAGAGCACUGGGCGAAGGCGAUGCGAGACUUGUGGGUGCUGCACUAGGCGCGCUGCGGAGACUACUGUUGCAGCCAGGAGCACCUGUGAGGGUCCUUAGCUCUGAGCUUCGACCACGCCUCCCACCGCUACUGGACGAUGCUCGGGACUCUGUCCGUGCUUCAGCAGCGGGACUCCUUGGAACGCUGGUGCGGCGGGGUCAGAGAGGGCUCCGAUUGGGGCUCAGGGGACCUCUGCGGAAAUUGGUGCUACAGAGUCUGGUGCCGCUGUUGCUGCGCCUACACGACUCCAGCCGGGAUGCUGCCGAGAGCUCAGAGUGGACAUUAGCCCGCUGUGACCAGGCCCUUCGAUGGGGCCUGUUGGAGGAGAUGGUCACUGUGGCUCACUAUGACAGCCCCGAGGCUCUAAGCCGUGUCUGCCACCGCCUGGUUCAGCGAUACCCAAGCCAUGUUAAGCAUUUCCUGAGUCAGACCCAGGGCUACCUGCGGAGCCCCCAGGACACCUUGCGCCGGGCAGCCACUGUGCUUAUAGGCUUCCUCGUCUAUCAUGCUAGCCCCAGUGGAGUCAGUCAGGACCUGUUGGACUCCUUGUUCCAGGACCUAGGACAGCUGCAGGGCGACCCGGAGUCUGCGGUUUCCGCGGCAGCGCACGUGUCUGCCCAGCAGGUGGCGCUGCUUGCUCGGGCGCAGGUCCAACCACGCCGCUCUAGCCUCUUAGGCUUCAUCCGCCAUCACUCAUACCCUACAAGGCCCCAUCCACUCUAUGAUGAUAGUCCAUUCCUACGCCGGAGCCUUGCAGGCCGAUGGAACUGCCCUGAACCUCGUUGAGCCAGGCCUGGUAUCCAAAUUCAUGGGCACACACUAUCCACGCUGUCACCAAUCCCUACGAUAGCAGAAUUGCAGAAGAGGCUCUCGUCAAGGGUCACUCUGGGCCUGGUGCUGGACACUGGUACCCACUGCCCUGUAACUAUUUUCUAUGGGCCCCCCAUGUGACAGCUGUGUUGAGGAUGGCAAUUCCAUCUCCAGUCCCUCUUGUAGUCUUGGUCUAUAUUUAUUCUCUGCCAGGCUAGUUCUGUCAACUCCCUGGAGUCUGCCCUCUGCUCUAGGUUAGACCUGGCACCUGUCCUGGAUAGCAUCUGCUUCCCAAGCAAGGGUCUGGUGGAGGCAUUGAAAUUGAUGCCACCACAGGCUGCACUGCCCUCUUCCUAGGGCCCAGUAUGCCUAUCCAUAGUCUCACCUGUCAUGGCUUUCCUAGCUAUGUCAGUAGUCCUAGUCCAUUGAUCUUGUUUCUUUUCCAUCCUCUAUUCCUUACAGCUGUUCUGGGUUAUGUCCCCUGUGUCUUUGAGGUUAUGUCCUCAGAAGGCAUUGACUUGCUCUCCUGUCUAUACCUGCUGUCCCUACUCCUUUGGAUAACCAAUCCAUUUCCUACCCCCGCCCAUGUCAGAACCCACCUGUACAAUGGUCUCUAGAAGGUAUCCCUAAGAUCACCCAGCCAGGAUUGUACCGGUAGGAAGCAGGCACUCCACACCCACCAGACUGUGAAUGGGUAUGUCAUUACACAAUGUCCUGUACAGGGCACAAAUGGGAAGGCAUGGCUGGACAGACAGGAAGAGUCAGCCAUAGUUGUGACCCCACCCCUCCAGGCACUCACAUAGGUAGCUUCCUCCACUUAGAAUACCUACCUUAGAAUUAGAAUGUUGUCAGGCUGCAGGGAGGCCUCAAACACAGGAUAUGCACAGGGUACUAGGUAAUGCAUAGGGAGCUGUUUCCCUACCCUGGAGUCUCUUUGGAACAAGUUUGAGAUUUACCUAACACCUUCAUGGAAGGUGUUCAAAAUAAACAUGAGUGGGUGUCAGGGGUUGGACAACUGUCCCAGAAAGUGGUUGUGAUGAGCUGGACCCUGCACAAGAUCCGGCUUGGCUUGCGGUGAGCAAAGACUAAUGGCAGGGGCUGGGGACAUGGCACUUGUUGCUGCUAUAGCUCCCGUCUCCAGGACCACUGACUUCUGCAGAAAGCACUCCCACUGUAAGUCCAGCAGCUAGGGGCUGGAGUUUGAUCUAUGCCCUCCCUUUCUUUUUUCUUUUCUUUUCUUUUUUUUUUUUUUUUUUUUUUUU